AUGGUCGACAUACAUCCUGGGCGGCUGCGAUGUAGAACUGUGGCCUACGUCAUCGUCGCCCUUACGUUAAUCGCCACUGUAUUUGUCACUCGUUUAUCAGUGUCUACGAGGAAGAAAUUUAAACCAAAAACUCGACAGAGUGAGAAGGAGAGAGAUUUUAUAGACGUGACCAGAAUUGAACACAAAGUUCACAGCCAAUUCCUGGAGCCGGAAGAUGGAGAAACAGUCCAAAACAAGUAUACGUCGAACUCACAGAAGCGGAGGAAGGGUCAGUGUAAAGUUUUCCGGGGCUCUACCAAAGCCCCGAAACACUGCGUGCCCUUAAAAACGGUUAAAGGGGAAACCCCUAUUUGUAUAUUUGAUCCAGCCGAAGAUCGCAUGAUCAGCUCCUACAUCCGGGAUUUCGGUACAUGGGAACCAGACUUGGUGAAUAUGACCGUUGAGAUAAUGGAAGCCAACCCUGCAAUGAAGUUUCUUGACCUUGGAUGUAAUCUUGGAGUAUUCACUAUUUCAGUGGCCAAACUCGGUCGAAAAGUGGUGUCCGUUGACAUCCUAUCGCGAGCACUGGACAACCUGCAACAUUCUUUAAAUCUAGGAAACCUGACAGAAAACGUAACUCUUAUAUUGAAUGCAGUGUCAAACACGCGGGAAAAGGUCAAGGUCAAUGUAGUAUCUGACAAUAUCGGUGGCAGCCAUGUACGGCAGCACGACGAGACAGUACAACAAGAGGAAGUGGUACACAGCAUUACAAUGGAUGAUCUUUUAGAAGUCAUCAACUCAGGAGAAGUAUUUAUCAAAAUGGAUAUUGAAGGUCACGAACAAAAAGCUUUAGAGAAAAGUAAGGAAUUUUUCAAUAAGGUGAAUGUCAAGUUUCUAUUGAUGGAAUGGAUGUUACACAAAGGCAAACCCAGCGGUGAUAAAAUUAUCAAGUUUUUAGUGAGAAAUGGUCUAUUGCCAUAUCUAGAUUACAACUUACGAGAAGUGCUACCUCUGGGAAGAGCCUCGUUCUGGCCAGACAAUGUACUGUGGGCCAAGAGGUAG